AUGAGACUGUUUUUUCUUCAUUUAGAUCCUCACCAGGCAAGUCAAUCUACAGCCAGCGCCGCUUCUGUGCCAAAGAGCACAACGGCGUCAUAUCAACCAUCAUUGAAACCUCAACCUGCAUCAAAAUCAGAACCACAAGAGUUUGCUACACCUGGCGCGUGCAAGAAACUCGAUUGUAAAGGUCGUCCUUGCGCAAAAUGUCACCAGUGUCGUGAUUGGCAUUUUAGUGGCGAUCAAGCUACUUGGAACUGGAUCCAAAAUUGCAAGAAUUGGGAUUCGAAAGAUUGGAAGCGUUGGAACAAUGAUCGUAUUUACAAUCUUUUUUCAAAACGUGAUGGUGCAACCUGUCUUCUUCUUGGUCUUCUUCUUGGUGGUCUUUAUUAUGAUGGUCUUCUUGAUGGUGGUCUUCAUGUCUGUAUUUGUGAGCUCCACUGA